CAGAGCUCAUGAUAAAUCGCAAUGCAUUAUUGAUAAUAAUAAUUACUGGGACAUGCGCGUUUCGGCCGAAGGGGGGUAAAAUUUCCCAACUCCAGGAAUUGGUGGCGGAGAGGGUCAAGUCACCAGGACUCUUCCCGGCGCCCCAAUGCGCGCACCAUGUCGAGGCGCAAGCAGGCGAAACCCCAGCACAUCAACUGGGAGGAGGGCCAGGGCGAGCAGCCUCAGCAACAGCCGAGCCCCGACUUCGCAGAGCCGCCGGCGGCGGAGGAACCCGGCGCUCCAGUGAACUCCCCAGGGAACUGCGAUGAAGCCGCGGAGGACUCCGCCCUGGUGAAGCGGCCCCGGCGGGAGGACACUCAUAUCUGCAGCAAAUGCUGUGCCGAGUUCUUCAGUCUCUCUGAGUUCAUGGAACACAAGAAAAGUUGCACUAAAACCCCUCCUGUCCUCAUCAUGAAUGACAGCGAGGGGCCAGUGCUUUCAGAGGACUUUUCCAGAGCUGUCCUGAGCCACCAGCAGGGCAGCCCAAGCAAUAAAGACAGUCUCCAGGAGAACGGCGGCAGCUCGGGGGACUUGAAGAAGCUGGGCACGGACUCCAUUCUGUACUUGAAGGCAGAGGCUACCCAGCCACCCCCACCCCAGGACAUAAGCUAUUUACCCAAAGGCAAAGUGGCCAGCACCAAUGUGACUCUGCAGGCGCUCCGGGGCACCAAGGUGGCGGUGAACCAGCGGGGCAUGGAGGCUCCCGUGGCGCCAGUGCCUGCCGCCCAAGGCAUCCCUUGGGUCCUGGAGCAGAUCCUGUGCCUGCAGCAGCAGCAGCUCCAACAGAUCCAGCUCACGGAACAGAUCCGAGUCCAGGUGAACAUGUGGGCGGCCCACGCGCUCCACUCUGGAGUGGCGGGGGCCGACACGCUGAAGGCCUUAAGCAGCCAUGUGUCUCAGCAAGUGUCCGUGUCCCAGCAGGUGUCGGCUGCCGUGGCCCUGCUCAGCCAGAAAGCCUCGAACCCGGCUCUGUCGCUAGAUGCCUUGAAACAAGCCAAGCUACCUCAUGCCAGCGUCCCCUCCACUGCUAGUCCGUUGUCCUCGGGGUUAACGUCCUUCACCUUGAAGCCUGACGGGACUCGGGUUCUCCCCAACUUCGUGUCUCGCCUUCCCAGUGCCCUGCUACCUCAGACUCCGGGCUCUGUGCUCCUGCAGAGUCCCUUCUCUGCUGUGUCGCUAGACCAGUCCAAGAAAGGAAAAGGGAAACCCCAGAACCUCUCCGCCUCUGCCUCCGUGUUAGAUGUCAAGGCCAAGGACGAGGUCGUCCUGGGUAAGCACAAGUGUAGGUACUGUCCCAAGGUUUUCGGGACAGAUAGCUCCCUUCAGAUCCACCUUCGCUCCCACACCGGAGAGAGACCUUACCUGUGCCCUAUCUGUGGUCACCGCUUCACCACCAAGGGCAACCUCAAGGUUCACUUACAGCGACACCCCGAGGUGAAGGCAAAUCCCCGGCUGUUGGCCGAAUUCCAGGACAAAGGGGCAGUGAGCGCCGCUUCUCACUAUGCACUCCCUGUCCCCGCCCCAGCCGAUGAAUCUAGUCCCUCUGUAGACGCCGAGCCUGUCCCGGUUACCGGAACCCCUUCCCUAGGGCUACCUCAAAAGCUCGCGUCAGGGCCUAAUCCCAGGGACCUCGUGGGUGGCUCCUUGCCCAGUGACAUGCAGCCAGGGCCUUCUCCAGAAAGUGAGGCGGGCCUUCCACUCCUUGGGGUGGGGAUGAUACACAAUCCCCCAAGGGCUGGGGGCUUCCAGGGCACUGGGGCCCCAGAGUCGGGGUCCGAGACCCUGAAAUUGCAGCAACUAGUGGAGAACAUAGACAAGGCCACUACUGACCCCAACGAGUGUCUCAUUUGUCAUCGGGUCCUCAGCUGUCAGAGUUCCCUGAAGAUGCAUUACCGUACCCACACAGGGGAGAGACCUUUCCAGUGCAAGAUCUGUGGCCGGGCCUUCUCCACCAAAGGCAACCUGAAGACACACCUUGGGGUUCACCGAACCAACACGGCCGUAAAGACCCAGCAUUCAUGCCCCAUCUGCCAAAAGAAGUUCACCAACGCUGUCAUGUUACAGCAGCAUAUCCGGAUGCACAUGGGUGGCCAGAUCCCCAACACCCCUCUGCCGGAGAGUCCCUGUGACUUCACCGCUCCCGAGCCCAUGGCCGUCAGCGAGAACGGCAGUGCCGGCGCGGUCUGCCAGGAAGACGCAGCGGAAGGGAUGGAAGCCGAGGAGGCCUGUUCUCAGGAUGUUCCCAGUGGCCCCUCAACAGUGUCCCUGCCGGUUCCCGGUGCCCACCUGGCGUCGCCUUCUCUGGGCUUCUCUGCGUUGGCUUCCCUGGAUACUCAGGGGAAAGGGGCUCUUCCCACGCUGGCCCUGCAGCGGCAGAGCAGUCGAGAAAAUGGCACCCUGGAGGGCGGUGACAACGGCCCAGCCAAUGACUCUUCCUUGCUCAUGGGUGACCAGGAGUGUCAGAGCCGAAGCCCAGAUGCCACGGAGACCAUGUGCUACCAGGCAGUGUCCCCCGCCGAUAGCCAGGCUGGAAGUGUCAAGUCCCGGUCUCCCGAGGGUCACAAGGCCGAGGGCGUGGAGAGCUGCCGCAUUGACACCGAAGGGCGUCCCAGCCUCCCUUCAACAUUUAUCCGAGCACAGCCCACCUUUGUCAAAGUUGAAGUGCCUGGCACCUUUGUGGGACCCCCCAGCAUGCCCUCGGGUAUGCCGCCUUUGCUAGCGUCACAGCCGCAGCCACGCCGCCAGGCCAAGCAGCACUGCUGCACACGGUGUGGAAAGAACUUCUCGUCUGCCAGUGCCCUGCAGAUCCACGAGAGAACGCACACGGGAGAGAAGCCUUUCGUGUGUAACAUAUGCGGCCGGGCCUUCACCACGAAAGGCAACCUGAAGGUGCACUACAUGACUCACGGGGCCAACAACAACUCUGCCCGCCGCGGCCGGAAGCUGGCCAUAGAGAACCCCAUGGCCACACUGAGUGCUGAGGGAAAGCGACCGCCCGAGGUGUUUCCCAAGGAGCUCCUGUCCCCCACGGUGAGCGUGGACCCUGCCGCCUGGAACCAGUACACCAGCGUCCUUAAUGGGGGUCUGGCCAUGAAGACCAACGAGAUCUCCGUGAUCCAGAGCGGAGGCAUCCCCACCCUGCCUGUGUCGUUGGGGGCCAGCUCUGUGGUGAGCAACAACCCGAUUUCCAAGCUCGAUGGCUCUCAGACCGGUGUGAGCGUGCCCAUGAGCGGGAACGUGCCCAUGAGCGGGAACGUGCCCAUGAGCGGGACCGGGGAAAAGCUCGCCGUGCCCGAUGGUGUGGCCAAACACCAGUUCCCUCACUUCCUGGAGGAAAAUAAGAUUGCCGUCAGCUAA